ACGACCCCAGGCGGAAGGGGCUGCACCUGCCAAAAACCCUCCCGUCGUCAAAAAAGUCCUACCGCUCAUGAACCACAAUAGCUUGCCAAGGAAGAGCAACUUCCAAAGAAAUAUUCCUAGCAGAAGAUCAGCAGCCUUUACUAUGCCAUCCGAGCCAGCCUUUGAAUACUUCAUCCCUCGAAGCCUAAGCGAGUUCGAUCUUUCUGGUAAUCUGGACGACAACCCCCUGAUGGGUCUUCUGCCCUCCACGGUCCGUUUGAGUCGCAAAAAUCUCCCACCAAAGCCCCGAGAAAAGGUGGUGACUUUCGAAGAUGAGAAGUUAGAGUGUGGCAAAUCCGCAAAGAACAAUUCAGAACUCCAAGGCGUGUUCAUGUGACCAAAAGCCGGAUAACAAUACGACCCUGGGGAAGAGACAGAGUCGGAACGGUUCGAGAGACUCAAGAUGGAACUUAAGAGGAGUUUGAAGACUUUAAAAUUGUGCGAGAAUUUGAAGAAAUGCGACGAGUCGUGUUCUUGUAAUGCCGAAUCUCAGUGUGAUAUUUGUAAAGUAAUAGACUUUACUAUGAAACAAGAGAAAUUAUAGCGGUUCAGGGGUCGUGUUGUUAUCUCGGAAAUGCUGUUUUUGAAACUGAUAACUUGUGCCAAAUGUCCCUGCUUCAAGGCUGUGGUGACGAUAUUUCGUAUUUAAGUCCGAAACGAUUGACCGUUCAAUCGUAAUAAUUAGUAACGCCGUAGCUCAUCAAACAAGUCCAGAGAAGGUACUCAUCACUUACCUAUAUUCACAUACGAUAUGUCUGGUUUUCAUUUAGUAUAAAAAUAUUUAUCCAAAUUUAGAUACUUUGACACGUAUUUUGUGUUAUUCUUUGUAUCAUUUAUUUUUUGUUUCUAUUUCGAUUUUUUUUUUAUUCCUUGCAGAGGAUUUUUUGUUCGAUUUCGAUCAAGUACCUACCUGAAAAAGGAGUACAUUUUGGAACUGAUAUCAACCUUGAAAUUGUCCAUCUUCAGAGAGAGACUGUUAUUUUGUGAUCAAGUAAUGGGAACGUAUUCGAUCCUCAACAAAAACCCAAUACUGUCAUGUACACGCCUUAAGAAAGAUCAUCAAAAUUUAUUAAAUAAAAAUGGGAAGUUUGCCUAAUUUGAACGAACUGGGCAAGACCAGUAGCAGAUCUGCCCAUUGCUUCAGGACCGGACUGCCCAUCGAAUACUGCCACUUGUACGGGCCUGGACAUUCCACGUUUUUUCACGAUGACCUUAGAACUAAGAGUGGUCAUCACAGAAACUCAACGCAAGAUAGACUUCCUCGGAUUAGAAGUAAUGGACACGAAACGAGGCAUUUUUAUGAUGAUUCUACAGCAGAACACAUGGCUGCCUAUUCGCCCAUAUCAAAUCGAUCGAUAAGGAAUUUUAGUACUAGCAUAAAACGAAGAGAUUCCUUGAACAGUUCCAUUGGCGCAAAUUCGGUUAGACGCUUAAUUGGGGUUGUACGAAACGCUCACAAUCGAUGCAACCCCUUGUACAGCAGGAGGACCCUCACCAGGAACAUAACUGUCUUAUGUCUGCUUCAUAUUCUAGCGACGGUGACCUUCCUGCCCUUCUUGGUGUUACAGGGUAGUAUUUCACUAUGGACGAUAUCGAUCGAUGGUCAGCCAAGUAACUCCGUAAAUGUAGGACCCAUUUUGUUGAUGGUAAUGUUUCUUAUAAGCGCCCUAACUGUCCUAAUAGCGCCCGUACUAAUCCAUUUCGUGGGCACGAAGGUGGUGUUUCUGGUAGCGUAUUCCACCUUUUGCCUGUUCUUUACCGUCCAUAUUUUUCCUGUAAUGUACGCCAUGGUACCUGCCUACGUCCUUUUGGGAAUUGUUCUCGGUCCUCUCCAGUUAUGUCACAUUUCCUUUCUGCUAACACUGUCGACCAAAAUAAGCUACACGCUUUCUGAAGAGGAAGUGGAGUCCAAGUCGUCGAAGAAAGUUAUGGUUAUCAGAAGGAUGGCCAGGGUGUUCAGGGCGGCUCAAGAUUUCGGCCUAAUAUUGGGAUCGUUGGUUGCCGCAGCUUUUAUAAUUUUCGCUUCGAAAGAUUCGUCAGUUUUAUCAACAAAUCUUUCGGCGAACGUCUCCACGAAUUGCAGCAGUUAUUUGGACACUUUUUCUUGCCACCAGUGUAACAGCACAUCGGACAUUGGACAUUGCUCUGAAUGCUACUGUUCGCUGUGCAAAAGCACUUUGGAAAUACUAAAGAAUCUAACGAUAAACUGCACGUCUUUUGGGCCUAAUUUUGAUCCGGAUACACAACAGGAUUAUAUAUCGACUGAAGAUAUUUAUAAUAGUAUAUUUGAAGUGGACGAGAUUGGAGAAAGGAUUUGCGGGGUAUCAGCGUGUCCCUCUAGCAACAGUUUCGAAAUUACCGGAAAUAGUACGGGCCCAGGACAAUUCCCUAUGGUGCCCCGGAGCACUGUCUUGGCUCUUACGUGUGUCUUUAGUGCACUAUCGGCUCUAGCUGUGCUAUUAACUGCAGUAGGAAUUGAUAAGAUUAGGACCUACAUCUGCCAGGAUCCCUUAGAGCAUUUGGAGCUGCUGUCCGUGUUGCAAACUGUUGGUGACACCUUUAAGGAUACGAAAUUGCAACUUGCGGCACCUCUUGCGUUUUUCAUCGGCCUGGAACAAAGUGUUAUGUACUCAGAAUUUAGUAAGUCCUAUGUUGUGUGUACGAUAGGAAUCCAAAGGGUGAAUGUAAUUUUCCUCAGCAUGGGUCUUCUUCAAUCCAUUGCCGCUUGCACCCUUAGCAUGUUGUUAAGGACAAUAAGUCGAUAUUACGUUGUAGCUGUUGGAUUUUUAUUUCACGCCUGUUUACUUAUGGUAUUAAUGUUGUGGAAGCCAAUGAGUGACGAUCCAGCCUUGUUCUAUGUCAUAUCAGCAGCAUGGGGUGUUUGUAAUGCCAUUUGGGAGAUGCUUAAUUUCACUCUUCUGACUGGCCUCUAUUCUGACAAUUGGGAAGCCCCUUUCGCGAAUGCCAUCUUCUUUAAGUUUGUUGGCUUUGGGGUGGCUUUCGGCGCUCACGACCUGCUCUGCAACUGGGUCAAGCUCUACAUUUCGGCGGUGGUGUUGGUGGUCGCAGUCGUUUUGUUUGGUUGGCUCGAAAUUCGACUGGAAAGCAUGAGGAAGACGAAGAAUGUCAACAGGUUAUAGGUGAGACUAAAAUUCAAGAAGUUUUAAAGGACUAUAAUUGUCAUCUGAUGGCAGAAGAUUCGGUGCUAGAAAUUUGACUUUCUUCUCGAAAUUUUAAUGUGAUUCUAAUAACGCGUUCUUCGAAUAUGCAUGAUAUAUAAAUAAUCAGAGAUUAAUAUUUUUCUUUAUUGAAAUAUGUGCGUGUAUAGGUACAGUAAUUGUACGUUUCUGAUGUCUACUUAAAAAAAAUAUGAUUUUUUUGUUAACUGUAUGUUUGUUUAGUUAUUUUCGUUAAUAUUUACCGAUCAAGAGAAUCAAUCACUGCCAAAGCCAUUAGGACAUAGAAAAUUUAUUUAAUGAUAAGGAAAAUACGUAUUCACGUACUGUCUUAACUAAUAUUUUAAUUUAAUACAAUUAUACUUUAAGAUAUACAACAGAAUUACCAAUUAAAUCAUUUUUAAAUAUUUAAACAAUCACUUAAAAGUCUGUGGCAGUAUUAAAUAUGUAAUUAGGUAGAAUUAGGGAUGAAUUAGUGAAGUGAAGGAUGUAAACGAAGUCAAUUUUAAUACUUAAAACCUGGUUGCACAUAAAUUAAUUAAAAUGAAACAAUUAGCUAUGAUAUUUCUAAGAAUAAACUAUUAAAAUGUAAAACUUGAGAUCUAAUUAAUUGAUUUAUUUAGAUUUUGUAACAGGAAAAGGUCCUGAACGGAGUAAAUUAUUUAUAAUUCUGUUUAAAAAACAUAAAAAAUAAACUGGAGAAUUGCUAAGGUCUUCAAGUGCAAAUCAUAAAACAGUCAGUAUCAUUAUUAAUUAGUUCAUUAAAUCAAUUGUAAAUUAAAACUUGUCAUCUGUUCUGUACAUUUCGUUUAAUAUUUAAAUAUACGUAAUUUUAAACAAAUAAUGUUGUGUGCCAGUGUCUUGUUUUACAAAUUUAUUGUAAAUAUUUAAAUGUAAUAUCAACUGUUAAUAAAAUCUGUAUAAAAAUAGCAAAGACACAAAACAUAUCUUUUCAAAUGUUCUGUAUUAUAUAUAUAUUAUACGUUGUAUGUCCAUUAUACUCAU